AUGGUAGGUUCUUUACCUCCAGAAAUUGGAAAUCUAAAGGCUGCGACACUGAUAGAUCUGUCAAUGAAUCAAUUCUCAAAUGGCAUUCCAAGAGAAAUUGGAGGAUUGAGAACUCUGUUGCACCUUUCUUUGAGAUACAACAAGUUGCAAGGAUCUAUACCUGACUCAUUGAGCAACAUGGUAGGUUUGGAAGUCCUAGACCUUUCUCAUAAUAACAUAUCUGGAAUCAUUCCUAUUUCUUUGGAAAAACUUCAAAACCUGAAGUAUUUCAAUUUUUCUGUCAACAAAUUGUAUGGUGAAAUACCCUCUGGGGGUCCUUUCGAGAACUUCUCAAGUAACUUUUUCAUCUACAAUGAAGCAUUGUGUGGUUCUUCAAGAUUUAGUGUCCCGCCUUGCCUAACUUCAUCAAAGCACAAAUCGAAUAGGAAAAAAUUGCUAGUUCUAUAUCUUUUUCUAGGACUUACAAUUUUAUUUGUUCCUAUCAUAUUUGUGUUUGUAUGGAUAAGCGAGAGUAAUCUGAUUGGUUCUGGAAGUUUUGGCUCUAUCUACAAAGGCGUUCUCAGAAGUGGAAUUUCCAUUUCUGUUAAAGUGUUCAAUCUUCAACUAGAUGCGGCAUUCAAGAGCUUUGAUACGGAAUGUGAAGUUCUGCGUAUCCUUCGCCAUAGGAAUCUCGUAAAAGCCAUUACUAGUCGUUCCAAUCUUGAUUUCAAGGCUUUAGUUCUAGAGUAUAUGCCUAAUGGAAGUCUUGAUAAGUAUUUGUAUUCACACAACUACUUCGUCGACAUCAGGCAGAGACUAAGCAUAAUGAUAGAUGUGCCGAGUAAUGUCUUGCUGGAUGAGGAUAUGGUUGCCCACCUCAGCGACUUUGGCAUUUCAAAACUGCUUGAUGAAGAUCAGGGUGAUUUGUACACUAAAACCUUAGCAACAUUGGGGCAUAUUGCGCCAG